UAAACAUGUAGGCUAUAGCUAAUAUUUAUAAACGGCGACGUUUAGAUUGAUUUGGUUUCAGAGAUUUGUGCAUUUGGGAAGGUUUGGCCGGACGUGCCACGUCACACAGCGUGAAUCCAUCUAUUGGUCAAACAGAAGCAUAUGCUGCUCCUUUUUCCUCCCUAUGGCAGUUUUACGCCCCAAACAGUAAAUAAUAUUUUGCCCAAUCAGCUUAACAAAGCUCAUACCUUCGAGAAAUACUUUUCUGUUUGUCAUAUGCAUUUUUAAUCGGCUUUGCAAUCGUUUGUGGCAGUCGUUCCCUUUGUGUUGGUUUCUUUUGCAACACUUUUCGAGACAAUGGAGUCUCUUCGCCAUCAGCGCUUACAGCCCGGCAUCGGAUACGGAGCGAGCGCGACCGGGACUCUCCGGUCCCUGCGGCCCGGUGUAACCGGCACUCUUUCCUCGGCUCAGGGUUCUCACGUCUCGGUGUCUGCCUCCCCGGGGCCGCCGCCACCUCCGCCGCCCCUCCAGCUUCACAGCCUCGGGUCCGGUAUCAUGGGCAGCGGGUUCGGUUCGGUGGACAUGUCGGCGGGUCUGGGUCUGUCCAAUCCCAGCAACCCGGCGGUUCUGAGAGAGGCAGUGGACGCGGUGGUCCGGAGCUUUGCCAAACACACGCAAGGAUACGGCAGGGUGAAUGUUGUGGAGGCCUUGCAGGAGUUCUGGCAGAUGAAGCAGUCACGAGGUGCUGACCUGAGGAACGGGGCUCUUGUCGUCUAUGAGAUGGUCCCAUCCAAUAGCCCCCCUUAUGUCUGCUACGUCAGUCUCCCUGGGGGAAGUUGCUUUGGGAGUUUUCAGUUCUGCCCGACCAAAGCUGAAGCAAGACGGAGCGCGGCCAAAAUUGCCCUAAUGAAUUCUGUUUUCAAUGAGCAUCCAUCUCGACGCAUCACAGAUGAAUUCAUAGAGAAGAGUGUGUGUGAGGCUCUAGCCUCUUUUAAUGGAAACAGAGAAGAAGCUGAUAACCCUAGUACAGGCAUCGGUGCUUUUCGGUUCAUGUUAGAGUCUAAUAAGGGGAAAUCUAUGCUAGAGUUCCAGGAACUGAUGACAGUUUUCCAGCUUCUCCAUUGGAAUGGUAGUCUGAAAGCCAUGAGAGAAAGGCAAUGCUCUCGUCAGGAAGUGCUUGCUCAUUACUCCCACCGAGCGCUAGACGAUGACAUGCGUACACAAAUGGCCGCUGACUGGGUCAGUCGAGAACACGUUUUAUCCAGUACCAUCAAUCGAGAGAUGGCCGCCACCGAGCGCGAGCUGGAAGAGGCCCGUCUGGCAGGACGGGAGCUGCGCUUUUAUAAAGAAAAGAAAGACAUUCUGCUAAUGGCAGUGGGGCAGCUAGGUGGGUCAAACACUACAACUCUGCCCUGCACAUGCUGAAGAGUAUGAAGACGUGUCAGACGUGGCAUAUGAUUGUACCAGAUAGCACUCCAAAACUCAAAACAGUGUGUAUGUGUGUUUGUGUGUGAGGAGGAGUCAAAGAAUCAGCAUUUUGAAUAAUUCCACAGACAUACGUUUCUGACUUUUUGAUUUGAACAUGUAAGGCAUUUUAAACUUGAACAGAAUUAAGCGCUAUAUUGCUAUUAUUACUAUACCAGUAUUAUCCUCCAGUGUUAUCGAUCGACUGUACUGGCACAUGGACCUAAUGUGUCGGGAAAAUCCGUUUUGAGGCCUUUUUUGCAUUGUACUACUCAUGAAUCCUAUUACAUGUGGGCGCUGCUUUUCUUUUUAGCUGAUUCGCCAAAUCACUGCCUAUUCGCUUUUCUUAGGAGAUAUAGUUGCAUGGUCAAGUCACCUUUAUAGCAACAGAUUGAUCACAGCGAUUCAGUUGUUUUUAAUAUUCUGCAUUUACAUUCACAUAAUAGCCUUGCUCAUUUAUUUGCUACACAUGUGCUUUUGGGGAAUAUACAAACCUUUGCUUUGUAAUGUUAAUCUUAAGUACGUUUAUGUAAACACACAUUUAUUCAGUACUUUUAAGUUAACUAAACUUUUCCUCGAGAGCCAAUUGCCUUAGCAUAAACGUUUGCUAAGGAAGCAACCUCACAAUGUUUUCAUAAAACAGAGGUCAGAUUUUCUCACACACUGUCAUUGGUGAGAAAUCCUUGCACAGGAAACAUAGCAAGGCCAUUUCCUCCAGCCGCCUUCUUAGCUACGUAGAAAAACUGAAUCUGUGCCCUCGUUACAUUGCCUUCUGUUACUUUUGUGAUUGUAGAGCAAUCAUGCUCAAGGCAACAUUUUAUUUCUACCUCCUUUCUGAAAGCUUUUGUGAACAUUUAUGAGCAUAUGAGUGCAGAUUUAGAUUUGUGUUAAAGGAAUAGUUCACCCAAAAAUGAAAAUUUGCUGAUAAUGUACUCACCCUCAGGCUAUUCAAAAUGAGUUUGUUUCUAUAUCAGAACAGAUUUGGAGAAAUUUAGCAUUACAUCACUUGCUCACCAAUAGAGCCUCUGCAGUGAAUGGGUGCCGUCAGAAAGAGUCCAAAGAGCUGAUAAAAGCAUCACAAUAAUCCACAAAUAAUCCAUAAUAUUGAUGUCUCUUCAGUGAAAAAGUCAUCCCGUCUGAAUCAGGAGAGAAAUAUGCACAAAUCAAGCACAGUUUACAAGCAAUAACAUUUUAAAACGGUUCUAAAUAAAUAUGUGAGUGGGUUUUGAUAUGAGAUGGGAUUUUUUUUUUGUUCUGGAGAAAGUGUUAUUAUAGAUUAUGGACCUUUAUUUUGGUCAGAAGCAACAUUUUAAAGUCAAAACACCUUAAUUAUGGAUUUGUUCCUUACAAACAUGCGGUUUUUCACUUCACAAGACAGUAACUGAUGGACUGGAGUCGUGUGGAUUGCUUGUGAGUUUUUAAUCAGCUGUUUGGACUCUCAUUCUGACGGCACCCAUUCACUGCUGAGGAUCUAUCGAUGAACAAGUGAUGUAAUACUAAUCUCUCCAAAUUUGUUCUGAUGAAGAAAUAAGCUCAUCUAUAUCUUGGAUGAUUGGAGAGUGACUAAAUUCUUAGCAAAUUUGCAUUUUUGAGAGAACUAUUAUUUCAAGAUGAGCAAUGCUUUGCAAUAGGUUGCUUGAUUCAGUGCAACAGGAAAUAAAACCAUAUAUUGCGUCUUAUAGACACUUGUUGGUUUCCCAACUCAAAAUGGUCCUUAUAGCCUGUACUAUGCUUAUAAAUUAGUUGAAAUCAUAAAUAUACAAUCAAAUAUUUUAAAAUGUAAUCACAUUGUUAUUCCAUCAUCAUAAAUAACUGUAUUAUAACUGAUCAUAAUGUGUUACUGGGUGAAGUGAUGUUGUGAACUUGAUUGUUAAUGUUUUAUCCCACCCAUUUGUUUCAGUAUUAGGGGCUACGGUUAUGUCACCAGUCAGUUACCUUUCAGAUCAUUUUAGAUCAGGAGAAAAUCUGAAGUAUCACUGCUUUCUCCUUGAACUGAAAUUUAAAAGACUAGCUGCUAAAUCUUGAUACUAACAUCACAAUGAUGCUUAAUGUAGGAUGUGCAUGGUGAGAAACAUCAAUGAUUGUCAUUAGCCAGACAGAUCUGAAAAUGUACUUUUAAGGGCUAAUUGUAAUUAUUUGUUUUCCAUUGUAGUAGUACAGUAAACAUCAUAGUUUAACUGCAGAACCGUCUUAAUUAUUCUGGAAGUUUAUAGGCUGGUAUUAUAAAAAGUGGUAAUAUAGACAGACUGUAUUACAGUUCUUUACAUUACAUAAGAAAAAAGAAAGUACCCGCAGAGUUUGUCAAAAAUGCAGCUAUCACUGAUAACCUAAAGCCCCCUUUCUUUAAACUUUCAUAAUGUGCAAGAUCACUACAAAUUAUUUAUUCAUUUGAGACCAUGUAUUUUGUGAAAUGACAGUGAACGUUUUGUGAAAGACGCCCAUUACUAACAGUACAAUUUGCAGUUAUAUUCAUAUUUCUUUUUCAGUGUAAUUACCACGUUUCUGAAAAUAAUUUCUGAGUGUUCUCUCAAAGUAAUUUGUUUGUAUUUGUUUGUACCUUGUCAUAUGAUUCCAUCAUAUGCCACUAAAGUGUAUUGAAAUGUAAACUGCAUUGCAUAUACAUUGCAUAUUACAUUGCAUAUAAUUUUAUACAAUUUGUUGGGUCUUUUCCCUGCUGUUUUUUACACUCUUGUUUACCAAAAUUAUUUUUCAAAUAAUACUUAAGGUAGUGAAAUUGAAUCAGUGCAUGUGAAUACAUUUUAUACAUUCUCUAUUUGUUUUGUAGUCUGCCAUUUUACAUGUUUUAUAAGAUUUUGAUGCGUAGCCAGUGUUUUGUUGAUUUAUAUUCUUUACAAAUCAAUAAAGCAAUUUCAAACUUA